CAGUCUGAAGUAUACAUCAAUAUAUCUUAUCCUUCGCCUCCCUUUAGUCGUCUAUUUCUCGUGUGGUCGCUGAAGACCACCCCAAACGCCGACGCGAGCAGACGUCCACACCGGCCAUGGCGAACCAAUCCCCAACUCCUUCGCCCCCUUCCGUCGAGGGUUCUCCAAAUCCGGGUUCUGAGACAGAAAAACUAAUUGGUGGGGAUGGGAGUGAUGCCAAGAUGGAUGCUGCUAAUGAAUUCUCAGGAAAGCCAUUGUUGAGGGAAGACCAAGUGCAAAAUGCUGUUAAGUUUCUAUCACACCCAAAAGUUAGGAGUUCUCCAGUUGUCCACCGGCGUUCUUUUCUUGAAAAGAAAGGCCUAACGAAGGAGGAAAUCGAUGAAGCCUUUCGUCGUGUGCCUGACCCACCUUCAAAUGCUGCAACCGGUGAAGCUUACACUACAGGUCCUGCUAUGCAGCAGAAAUCAUCCACCACCAUGCAGCACCAAGAUCUGGUACAAACUCCUCAACCAGCAGCUGCUCCUGCCAACAUAGUUUCCGUGGCUCCAACCCAGCAGCUGCCAAAGUUUCGUUGGUCUCAUGCACUUCUUGCAGCAGGGGUUCUUGCUUCUUCAGGGGUUGGUUCUGCUCUUCUUUUCAAGAAAAUGGUUGUGCCUAGGUUGAAAGCAUGGAUCAGGAAGGUUGUAGAAGAAGAGAGUGAAUCUGGGGAGGAUAAGCCGGACUCAAAACUGGCUGAAGAAGCAGCAGAAGCUGCAAAAACAGCUGCCGCAGCUGCUGCCGCUGUUGCUAAAGCAAGUCAAGAAUUGCUAGGCACAAAAAGUGAAGAGAGAAAGUAUUUUGAGGCUUUCAUGGGCGCACUAGAUGUUCAAGUUAAGGAGAUGAAAUCCAUGGGUGAUGCUAUUCGUAGAUUGGAAAGCAGAAGGGAUGAAUACAAGCUGAUUCAAGAAAAUAUCCAUUCUACAAAUGGGAAUGGCUCAGUUAACAAUGCAUGGAGAACUUCUCAACAUGUUAAAUUUGGUGACACAUCAAAUACAAACUUUGGAGAAGUGAGGUCUCAAUCAUCACCUGCAUUUAUGGAUUCUUUGUAUGUACCCAAUCACAACUCAUACACUGAGCCAUGGCAAGCUGCUCAGCACUCUCAGCAAAGACCCAGCUAUUCUCAGCAGUCUCAUACCAGCGACGAAAGGUUGGGUUCAAAAACACUAGAGAGCUAUGGUCCCUCUUCUGGGAUGACAGGAAAUCAUUAUGAUACUCCAGAGCCUCAAGGGGAGGAGAGGAAGCAGUUCGAUGAAAGGCCCCAGCAGCGGGGAUGGGUACCACCGCAGCCACCAGCUGUUGUUUUGCCAGAAGCUGCAGAUGCCAUUCGACGCCCAAAACCACCUGUUCAGAAGCAGCAAUCUGGGGAUGAACAGUCGGUUGCAAGCUCUGAUGAUGGAAAAGAAAGGGAAAUGAGAACUGAUUCCGUUGCCGAGGCAGAGAACUCAGGUAGCAUGGCUUUAAGUACCAGUCAGAUUGAAAUAGAAGAAGAAAAGUCAGCGGGCAUUGAGAUCAACUGAAAUGUCAGAUCUCGGAAAAAAAAAGAUAGAACAUAUGAGGGAAAAUAAAAUAUUGGUGAUGAUUAGUUAAAAUCCUCAUUCCUCAUCCAUUGCAUGGCGCUAAGCUGGUCUAAGCUCAUAUCAUUUCAGUUUUAGAA